AUGACAAAGUACAUCCUCUACGGCUGGCACAACUGCGCAUCGGCGUCGAUCCGCUGGAUCCUCGCCGAGCUCGGCGUCGCCUACGAGUACAGGCUGGUCAACCUCGCGCGCGGGGUCGAGGAGCAGCGCGACCCGUCGUUCCGCGCGCUCAACCCCAAGGGCCGCGUGCCGAUCCUGCUCAUCGGCGACGAGCACGAGCCGCUGAGCGAGAGCGGCGCGAUCGCCUUCUACCUCGGCGAAUCGCACCCCGACGCCGGCCUCCUCCCUGCCGUCGGCACGCCGGGGCGUAACAAGUUCCUCGAGACGUACACUUUCGUCAUCAACUCGCACCUGCCCGUCAUGCGCGACUGGCUCCAGGUCAUCCGCGAGGUCGAGGACGGGCCCCUGCAGGCCGCCGUGGCGAAGGGCGGCGCGCUCCCCGUGCCCCUGGCGUCCGACGCAGCCGAGGUGCGCGGCAUCCGCAAGCUCGCGCUCCGCCGCCUCGUCGCCAACCUCGGCGUGCUCGAGGCCGAGCUCGCAGACCACGACUACCUCGCCUUCCGCGACUCGCCGUCCGUCAUCGACUUUGUCUUCACCAUCACGACGACGUGGGAGCCGUUCAUCCACCAGCUCAUCGCCAACAAGUUCCCCAACCUUAAGGCGUACAGAGAGCGCAUGCAUGCCCGCCCAACCUGGGCGCCGCUCGCGAUCGAGGAGAAGGUCGCCGAGGACCUCGGGCCGCUGCGUGACUGGGAGCAGGAGUAUGCUGCGUUCUUGCAGUGA